AGCCUCUUAAUUCAUCCCAGCAAAAUCAUCUCGAUCGAUCGACAAAGCUAUAGCUAGCCCAGUCAUGGCCGCCUCUCCCGCAAUGGCGACACUCCUCCUCCUCCUCCUCCAUGCUGUCCUCGUCGCGGCAGCCGAUGCCGGCGCCGCCGAUAAGGAGGCCUAUGCGGCAACAGGAUCAACCGCUGGCAAGGAGACCGCUGCGGCGGCCGACAAGGAGACCUCUGCAGCGGCCGGAUCAACCGCGGGCGCCGUCCCUGACCCCAACAUCUUCAACAAGGAGGCCGUGUGCCCCAAGACGACGGACGAGAAGGCGUGCCAGCAACUGGUGAAGGUCCUGCCGCCCGAGUUUGCAGAGACGAAAGACGCCAAGGGCCUCGCCAAGCUGUGCAUCUCCAGCGUCGGGUUCUCGGCGGAGCAGUUCACCAAGGACGCCAUCGCCGCCGUGCAGGAGUGCAAGAAGCCCGACAAGUGCCUCGACAGCUGCGUCCAGGCUAGCACCGCCGUGACCGACGCCCUGAAGCCCUCCGGCGCCGGCGUCAACACCGUCAAGGUCCCCGAGGACGAAUGGCUCCUCGCCAUCCACGCCAGCUUCUCGCAGCUGCUCCGUGGCCCCGCCGGCGGCGUGAGCCGCCCGCCUCUCUGCAAGACGUGCUGCGACGACGGCUCGUGCAAGGACGCCAAGAAGCUCAACGUCGUCUCGGUGUUCUCGCGCAUGUGGGACUUCCUGGAUUUCACCGAUGCGGUGCUCGACGAUUUGUAUCCUUUGACGAAGACGACGGGGACCAAGGCCACGACGACAGCCGGAUCAACCGCCGAUAAGGUAGCCUAUGCGGCAAAAGGAUCAACCGAAGGCAAGGAGACCGCUCCGGCGGCCGAAUCAACUGUCGAUAAGGAGACCUCUCCAGCGGCCGAAUCAACCGUCGACAUGGCGACCUCUGCGGCAGCCGGAUCAACCGCCGACAAAAACGCCUACCCGGCGGCCGAAUCAACUGCCGAUAAGGAGACCUCUCCAGCGGCCGAAUCAACCGCCGACACGGCAACCUCUGCGGCAGCCGGACCAACUGCCGAUAAGGAGACCUCUCCAGCCGCCGAAUCAACCGCCGACACGGCAACCUCUGCGGCAGCCGGAUCAACUGCCGAUAAGGAGACCUCUCUAGCGGCCGAACCAACCGCCGACACGGCAACCUCUGCGGUAGCCGGAUCAACUGCCGAUAAGGAGACCUCUCCAGCGGCCGAACCAACCGCCGACACGGCGACCUCUGCGGCAGCCGGAUCAACCGCUGAUAAGGAGACCUCUCCAGCGGCUGAAUCAACCGUCGACACGGCGACCUCUGCGGCAGCCGGAUCAACCGCCGAUAAGGAGACCUCUCCAGCAGCCGAAUCAACCGUCGACAAGGAGACCUCUGCGGUGGCCGGAUCAACCGCCGAUAAGAACACCUAUCCAGCGGCCGGAUCAGCCGCCGAGAAGGAGACCUCUUCGGCAGCCGGAUCAGCUCCUGUCGUCGACACUGCGCCUGCGGCCCCGCCGACAACUUAUGUUUAAUUACAAACAUUCGGUACUUAAUAUUUUUUAGGAUGCUAUACGAACUUUAAAUAACUCUUCCAAAAUUUUUACUACACCAAUAAAAAAUCCUUACAAAAUUUUGACUACAGCAAUGUUUGUAAGGAGUUAAUCGAACAAGGUCUAAGUUGAUACUCUGAUGUGUCUAAUGUUUCCUAAACAAAAUAUUGGAUGAAAUUUUUCAAUCAACCA